UGUGGCUGGAUGAGCAGCAGGCAAGUAAGAAUCCCGAGGAGGAGAAAGUUGACAAUAGAAGAGAAGAAAUGCUUUGAAAGGAGUUCAACAAGGGCAUCGGAAAGCCAGAGAAGAGCCUAAAGUAGCAGAAGCGGUAGCCACACUGAGUAUGGCAACCAAACGGCGGCUUAGUGGAGGGGGCGGAGCCACUUCUGGCGGCGGGGGCACGUUGCCGUCUCCGCUGUCUCAUUCAUUGGCUUAUUUGAGAAGGAAUCAGAAAGGCAAUAGGGAGAAGAGGGAUGGGGAUCAAAUCUAUCAGAGAAGAGCUAACGCUGAUGAAAAUGUAAAAAUACAUACGUGGGGGCUUCCCUGGUGGCGCAGUGGUGAGAGUUCGCCUGCCGAUGCAGGGGAUGCGAGUUCGUGACCCGAUCCGGGAAGAUCCCACGUGCCGCGGAGCGGCUGGGCCCGUGAGCCAUGGCCGCUGAGCCUGCGCGUCUGGAACCUGUGCUCCGCAAUGGGAGAGGCCACAACAGUGAGAGGCCCGCGUACCACACACAAAAAAAACAAAAAACAAAAAACGUACGUGGCUCACAUAGUUCUGUUGGAUAAUACUGCGUUAUCCAACUCUUGAAGGAAGUAACUCUUGAAGUAGAUAAAACUGGUGUUCUUAAACCAUUUUCACUUAUGAUACUCAAUUAGAAGAGCGAAUAAAGCAGAGACCUCAUGAGAAUUAACCUCACGGGUCCUUGGACUUGGUGCACCCUCAGGACCUCAUGACCUCGGGUUAGGUAAUUGCAGGUUGAAUUGAUGCAUAAGUGCUUAGGACAGGGGAUAAUGCUUGAGGGCAUUAUGGUAAGUGAAAUAAGUCAGACAGAGAAAGACAAAUAAUGUAUGAUCUCACGUAUAUGUGGAAUCUAAAUAAGCAAAAAACCAAACUCAUAGAAAAAGAGAUCAGAUUGUGGUUACCAGAGGCGAAUGUUGUGGGGAGGGGCAAUUGAAGUAAGGUGGUUAAAAUGUACAAACUUCCAGUUAUAAGACAAACAGGUAUUGGAGAUGUAACAUGCAACCUGAUGACUAUAGUUAACAAUGGUGUGUGAUAUACAGAAAAGUUGGUGAGAGUGUAUCUAAGAGUUCUCAUCACAAGGAAAAAAUCUCUUUUUUUUAAAAUCUUUUUUAUUUAUUUUUAUUUUUGGCUGCAUUGGGUCUUCGUUGCUGCUCGUGGGCUUUCUCUAGUUGUGGUGAGGGGGGCUACUCUUUGUUUCGGUCCGUGGGCUUCUCACCGCGGUGCCUUCUCUUGUUGCGGAGCAUGGGCUCUAGGCACACAGGCUUCAGUAGUUGUGGCUUGCGGGCUCUAGAGCGCAGGCUCAGUAGUUGUGGCUCACAGGCUUAGUUGCUCCACCCGCAUGUGGGAUCUUCCCGGACCAGGGAUCGAACCCGUGUCCUUUGCAUUGGCAGGCAGAUUCUUAACUACUGUGCCACCAGGGAAGUCCCAUUUCUCUCUCUUUUAACCUAUAUGAGAUGAUGGAUGUUAACUAAACUUGUGGUAAUCAUUUCACAAUAUAUGUAGGUCAGGUUGUACACCUUGAACUUACAUAGUGCUGUAUGUCAGUUAUAUCUCAAUAAAACUGGGGUAAAAACAAGAUGGAAAAUUAAGUUUUAGUCAUUGCAUAAGCACCCAGCGGCUUUUGUUUUUACUUCUUUUUUUCUUUUUUUUUUUUUUUGCGGUACGCGGGCCUCUCACAGUUGUGGCCUCUCCCGCUGCAGAGCACAGGCUCUGGACGCGCAGGCUCAGCAGCCAUGGCUCACGGGCCCAGCCGCUCCGUGGCAUGUGGGAUCUUCCCGGACCGGGGCACAAACCCGUGUCCCCUGCAUCGGCAGGCGGACUCUCAACCACUGCGCCACCAGGGAAGCCCUUUACUUCCUUUUUAUGUUAAAUUUUUAAAAAAACUUUUUAUCUUGAGAUAAUUAUAGAUUCACAGAAAGUUGCAAGAAUAGUACAGAGAAGUUUCUGAACCUUUCACACAAUUUCCCCCGAUGGAUACACCUUAUGUAACUGUAGUACAGUAUCAAAACCAGGAACUUGACAUUGGUACAAUGUACAGUUCUUUGCCAGUUUAUUACAUGCAGGUCCUGUGUAAUCACCACUACAAUCAAGAUACAGAACUACUACCACACCUUAAAGAGCUCCCUCAGCUACCUCUUUAUAGAAUAUCCAUCCCCUUUCUCCACCAACCAUCCCUGACAACCACUAAUUUAUUCUUCAUCUCAUCCAUUUCGAGUAGAAUUUCAUUUUGAUUUAUUUCUAGUUUUUGGAGAGUGUCUCUUUGUGUGGAUAUUUAGGUACGACAUUGUGUAUACAUAACUUAUCUCAGUUCUACUUGUGUUGACAUUACCAGUUUCAGUGAGGGGUAGAAACCUUUCUUCUCUUUAAGUCCCUUUACUCUCCCGUUUAUAACUGUCUUAAAUAUUUUCUCUGUAUAAAUUGAGAACUGCAUCAGACGAUGUGUGAGUACUCAGGACAGGGGACGAUGGACUGGACCUGGUAGGCUUUGAUCUUUUUAGGAAAGAGGAAAUAGAAGGGACCAUAGGGUCCCUCCUCCCAGCCAGCAGUCACUUCAUUUCUCCCUUUUGUUUGUGCAGUUGCUUGAAGUAGAAAUUACCACAGUGCUCAUCAACUUUUCUAAUCUAUCCUGCAUACAACCACUAACCUUUUGCUUAAACCUUCAGGUAUAAUUUAGAAAACUCAAGAGAAGGAAAACAUAUUAUUAAAUUAUUUUCACUCUUUUGUUCUUCCUUCUUGAUAUUCCAAGAUUGCUUUUCCAAUCAUUUAUUUUUUGCUUCAAAAACUUCUACUAGCUAUUUUUUAAAGGGUGGGGGUUGCUGUUGACAAAUUCUCUCAGUUUUUCUUCAUCUGAGAAUGUCUUGAUUUCCUCUUCAUUCCUGAUUUUCUCUGCGUAUAGGAUUUUUAGUUGACAGUUCUUUUCUUUCAGCACUUGGAAGAUGUUGUGCCACUUCCUUCUGACUUCCGUGGUUUCUGAUGAGAAACUUGACUUCAUUCAAAGUUGUUUUUCCAUUAUAGGGAAGUUGUCAUUUCUCUCUGGCUACUUUCAAGAUUUUUCUUUGCCUUUAGUUUUCAGAAGUUUGACUAUGAUGAAUAUUGACAUGGAUUUCUUUGGGUUAUCCUGUUUGGGAUUUUAUCAGCUUCUUGAAUCUAUAGGUUUAUGUCUGCCAUAUUUGGAAAAUUUUUAGCCGUAUUUAUUUGAAUAUUUUUUAAGCUCCACCUUCUUCCUCCUCUACUUUUGAGACUUCAAUGACAUAAAUAUUAGAUCUUUUCUUAUAGUCCCACAAAUUCCUGAGACUCUGUUAAUUUUUUUUCAGUCUAUUCUCUCUCUGUUGUUCAGAUUGGGUGAUUUCUAUUAUUCUUUCUUCAAGUUCAUUUUACUAUAGAACUCAUCUAGUGACAUUUUUCAGUGGGUUUUUUUUUUUCAGUUUUAAAAUUUCAGUUUAGUUCUUCUUCAUCUGUUUUGUUUCUUUGCUGAGACUCUUCAUUUGUUUGCAGUAUGUCUGUAAUUGCUCAUUGAAGCAUUUUUAUACUGGCUGCUUUAAAAUCCUUGUCAGAUAAUUUCAACAUCACUGUCAUUUUGGUGUUAGCAUCUAUUGGUUAUCUUUUCUUGCUCAAGUUGAGAUUUUCCUGGUUCUCAGUAUAAAGAGUGAUUUUCAGUCCUGGACAUUUUGAGUGUUAUGUUAUGAGACUCUGGAUCCUAUUUAAAUCUUCUGUUUUAGCAGGCUCUCACUGAUGCUGUCAGAUAGAGGUCAAAGUUCAGGUUCCCCACUCAGCCGCUGUUGACAUCCUGGGAAGGGGGUGUAGAGUGGGUGCCUAAUUACUGCUGGGCCAGGGUGGGAGUUCAGGCUGCCCACUGAUCCUCUGCUGAGACCACCCUGGCUGGGAGGGGAAGGAUGCCUUGUUUUUGCCACACUUGUGGCUUCUACUGACAGGAUGGAGGAGCACAUUGCUUCUGGCAAUGGCGACAGCCCUGACUCUCCACUAAGCCUUCUGACAGCACCCUGCAAGUAGGAGUAGAAGCCUGGGGUCCCCGUUUAUCUUGACUGGCAGAGUAUAGGGAGUAUUACAAUUUUUUUUCUGUGGUUUGACUGGAGUAGAGUAGACUGGAGUAGUCUAAAAGUUUUCUUUCUUGUUACUCUGCCCCUUCCUAGUCCUUUGGCUAGAAAGAGCAGGAUUUCUUUUUUUUUUUUCAUCUGUGCCCAUUUGUUUCUGGGUUGCUAGCUUCUCCAGUACUCAGUCUGAGAUAUCUGAGGCAAAAAGAAAACCAUCGGAAUCAUUGCCAUGUCUUUCUAUGGGUGCCAAGGCUGCUAGUCAGACUAUCGGACUAUCUCCCUCUCCACUCUUCAGAGUCUUCUUAUUUAUAUAUAUAUAUAUAUAUAUAUAUAUAUAUAUAUAUAUAAAAUAUGUAUAUAUAUCUAUAUGUAUAUAUAUGGCCCAGGGUUUUUUUUUUAGCUGUACUUAACAGAGGGAUUGAGGAGACGUGUUUAUUCCAUAUUGUCCUGGAACCACAAGUCCCCAGGGACUUUUAGACCAUUUCUUCUGCCUCACCUGGUGAACAGCAGCCAGUGAGGACAGUGUUCACCUGAAUUGUUGGUGAGCUCCCUCCUCACCCACCUCCCUACCAGCCCAGUGGCCCUGCCUGUUUUUCUGUGAUUCUGAGUUUGCCUUCUGGAAUUUGAAAUCAUUCCAGCCUGUUUUGAGCAGGCAUUUUCCAGUUUUCUACCACUUGCUAGUUCCCAGCCCCACCACUCAGAAUUCUCCAUCAACCAGAGGCCCACGGAGGCUGCUCCUGCACUGUUGCGGGCCAGAACUCUAUUCGUGUCUCUCAGGCUGGAGUGCACGGUCCCCAGAGCGAGGCUUGCAAUGCAGCUGCCGAGGAGCCAUGGCGCUUCCCCGUUUUUCCAGGGUCAGUGGUCUGGUCCUUCUGACUCAAAUGCCAUGCAGUUUGUGAGAGUCCCUUUUAAGUUUAAGUUAAAGGAAAAUAUUUUGAGUUGAAGAAAAUAUUUUUGGAAUACUUUUAUUAAGACUCAAAAUUAAUGAAUGAUUUAAAAAAAAACCAGUGAUCCAAGGUGAGAUUUUCAGAUGUCUGGGAAUAUAUUAUCCAAAUUUUCUUCCACUUCCCCAUGAGAUAGGAAACAAUUAUUUUCGUUUCAGUCAUUCCUAAUGAAUGAUUUUAAGAUACCUACCUUAGGGAGAUGCAGCAAGAGAGACAUUUGUCCAAGUGGAGUUAACAACAAUGCUUGCACUUUUUAACUUAAAAUACUUUUUUAUAUUUUGAAAAAUUUUAGAUACACAAGAACAGAGAGAAGAAAUGUACCUUCAAUUUAAUAACUAAUAUAUGGUCAUAUUUGCUUCAUAUAGUCUUUGUUAUUAUUUUCUCUCAAUUAUUUAAAGGAAAUCCCAGACAUCAUUCAUUUCACACCAUGUACUUCAGAAUUAGUUUCUAACAAAUUGAACAUUUUCUUUAUAUAACCACAAUGCUAUUGUCACAUCUAAAAAAAUAGUGAUAAUUCUUUCACGUCAUCUAAUACCCAAAUUUCCACAAUUGUCUCAAGAAUGUCUUUUUUUUAGUGGUAAAAUACACGUAACAUAAAAUUUACCAUAGUAACCAGUUUUAAGUAUACAGUUCAGUAUAUUGUGAUUUUUUUUGUUUUUUGGGGGGAAAAAAAGUUCAUUUAAUGAGCUCCAGGGAACACUCAGUCUGCUGCCAUACUAACUCAUGAAUUACAAUGGAUUGUUGGUAAGCAAGACAAGAAAACAGGGAACAAACAAAACAAACAAAAUCAAGACAUUGUUCCUUACUGAACUCUUCUCAAAUUAGAUCAAGGAGUUAUGGUUAAAUGCCACAGCUGUAAAUUAUUUCUGCUCCUGGAGAGGUUAGAAAGGGCUUAUAAUAUUUACCCUUUUUUUUCAGACAGAAUUUAGGUCUGAGCAAAACCUUUUGUGUCCUCCAACCUCAAAGUUUAUUGGGGAUGGAAGUCCAAAUUUGCUGUCACAUGCCAUAAAAAGAAUCUCAUGAGCAGAGGGUCAAACUAAUUUUGGAAUAUAUGAAUUAUGCCCAGUGUUACUUUAAAUAGAAUUUUUUUUCUGAGAUAUACAUUUUAAAGUAAUAACUAGAAUUAUGACUUAUAACAUUAUACCAGAACAUAUAAGAUUUUUAGAAAUUUCAUGUAAUGUCUGAAACAUUUAUGUUAACAUAUUUCCAUACAAAUAACCCAAAGAAAGUUUAGUAUUAGUUGUUUUGUUUGUUUGUUUGUUGUUUUAUACUGCAGGUUCUUAUUAGUCAUCAGUUUUAUACACAUCAGUGUAUACAUGUCAAUCCCAAUCACCCAAUUCAGCACACCACCAUCCCCACCCCACCGAAAAUAGAUGUUAAACUAAAAUAUAUAAAUUUUUGACUGAUCUAUGUGACUCUGGGUUCUGAAACUUCUACAUGUCACAUGCGUGUUACAUAACACACAGUGUCAGCCCCAGGAGAGCAAAAACACUCCAAUGAAGCAAGCCAAAGAAACAAGUUUCAAACAAGGUAAAGUGAUGUGUAGACCAGGAUUUUUCAAUUCUUUCCUGUCAUGCUGAAGCUUCCCGCUCCUGAAUAACAACACGUUUCCCUUACCCUAGACACCCAAGAGCAUGUCUCUUUUGGGCAUAAGAAUCUCUAGAGUUACACAUGUGUAGUGAAGAGUGGACCUAGGGCUUCCCUGGCGGCGCAGUGGUUGAGAGUCCACCUGCCGAUGCAGGGGACAUGGGUUCAUGCCCCAGUCCGGGAAGAUCCCACAUGCCACGGAGCGGCUAGGCCUGUGAGCCAUGGCCGCUGAGCCUGCGCGUCCGGAGCCUGUGCUCCGCAAUGGGAAAAAGAGUGGACCCAGCUGGCAUACUCACAAUGACCAAAUUGUGUUAAUCGUACUUUAAACCAAUACGUCGCUCCACGAUGAAGUUGCAAUAAAUGAUAUAUUUGCUUUCUAGACAUGAAUGAGAUGCCUUACUAGAUAUACUCCAGGAAGGCCAGAGAAACUGGAAUAAUUUACUGGUGAAUUUCUUUCAGGAUAGCCCAUGAUUUAUCUAGAAUAUAAUCUUCACAUAUCUGGAUCCUUCAAAUUAGACCAAAGGGAAUAUCUGGGCUGCAAGCCUCAAUUAGAAGUGUGGUAUGCUGCUAUGCUGCCAACUGGUGCUCCCUGACCUGUAUCUUCGGAGACCAGAACCCAGUGUGGUGGAUGACCAAUUCAUGCGUUGAACAAAAGAAGACCUCCUACAGGGCAGUGUAUGUGUCAUUACAGGUAUGGCACUUAGGGCCAAGUACCAUAAGGACUACAAGAAAACAAACAAACAAAAGUAACACAUGAAGCAUAUAGGAUAAGGAGGCACCACAGUCCAGAGAACAAGCCACUACCAUCUGUAUACCCUGAAGAACAGUGGAAAGUUUAAAUGUUGUUUUAUCAAAUUUCGAAAAAGAAGAAAGAACCUAUCUGCCAGGAAGGGACAUCGUGGGGUGCAGCAUCCAGUUGGGUCAGGCUCUGCAUCCCCUGCUCAGAAACCUUCGCCGCCUGGCUCAUGGUGAUGCUGGCAGCUGAGCAGCCCUGGAGAAGGUGCUUCAGUCUCCAGGCCUCGCAGAGAAGCUGGGGAGGUCCCCGGAGGAGGCUGGCCACACCCUGGCAAGCUCUGGGGGCUUCUGCACUCAGCUCUGAGCAGCGUCUGGCCUCUGGGCCACUUGCGGGGGAAGGGCUGGCCAAUACAUACACAGGGCUCAAGAUUAGGAAGUCGAUACCAUCCAGUCACCUUCCACUUCCUUCUCCAAAGGAGAGGGAGGUGAAGGUCCAAGAAGAGCCCCAAAGAGGCAUGGCAAAGAUGGAGGAUCACACAGAGACCAAAGGAGAGGACGAUCGGAAGAGGGGCCACCGUAGCAAUCGGGGUAUACCAUUGACAUCUAGGCCCCAGGAGACCAGUGGAGUCCUCACUUGCCUCAAGUGCGAUCCUGAGCCAGUGGACCUCCUUCCCGAGCACCCAGAAGACAACUUGAGUGAGAACGCCCAGAUGUCUCCAAUGAGCUCCUCCUCAGAAAGCCAUGUCAUCUUCUCAGAUGGAGAUCCUGGAGAUGUCCUGCCUCCUUGGAAGCCUGAGUCCCAUGCCAUGGUGUUCUCUGCCCCAACCGCAUGCUGCUCCCUGCUGCUGGAGAGGCUAAAAAAAGAAAUGCUGGGUGAAGACCACCGGCCCAAAUCACCAGGCUCACUGAUGUCUGGAAAGGAGCUGCAGCGUGAAAAAUCUUCAGACAUCCCAUCAAGAAGCUCCUCUUCCCUGGUGUCUACCAGCAGUAGGCCCUGCAAGCAGAAGAUUCCCCUGCCGCUUUUUCUGCUGCCGCCGGGACUGAGGUCGCCCCUGCCGCUGACAAGGGAUCGAGGUGAAUGGCCCCCUUCUCCUAAGCUUCCGUGCUUAGCUGCUGCCAAAAACCCAGGCACCUUUGUUAACAUAGUUAAGUCUCUCUCUCUCAGAACUAGCCUAUUUAGCUCCAGGUUCCUUAGCGCACCCGACGCACUUACACAGCAUUUAAGAGCUUUCCACAACUGGAAGGUCAUAUCUUUAUUUCUUAUCGCAGGAACACAACUUCUGUAAACUUUAUUUCUGUCAGAACCUGUCUCGCCAAGCCAUGGCUGGAAGAAUCUCUGGAUACAGAUCAGGGGCAGAGGGUCCUCAGGAGCGGCAUCUAGUCUACCCCGCGGAGGCGGUCGGCGUUGAAGUCCAGCAGGCCCUUCCGCAGGGAGGCGCACACGGCGGGCAAAGGCACCAAAUCCUGCAGUGCGCACAGGUCCUCACAGCGCCAGAAGUCGGCCGCGCUGUCGCGGCGCAGCUUCACCGAGUGAUCAUGGCCCGAGCGUGGCCUCGGGGACGCUGGCUGCAGAUACGAUGCCCACACCCGCCUGGGGGCCACGGCUCGCCUCCCGGCCCCUCGGGCGCCCAUCGCCCGGCGGCUGCGGCCCCGCAGCCUGCGCAGGACCGGCGUCGCACCAGAAGACGCAGGGCCACGGGCCCCAGCUAGGCCGGCCCCUCCAUACUGCGCUCCGGCGCGGCCUCCCACCCGCAACGCCGGCCGUUGGCGCCGACCUCAUCGGCCUCCGCGGCGCGGGCCAGUAUAUUGAUUUUUGUGUUUUUGGUCACAAUUUUGUACAGCCAUCUCCAGAACACUUCAUUGUGCAAAACUGAAACUCUGUACCCAUUAAACAACUAUUUUUUCCGAAUAA